AUGGAGGCUUCCUCUGUUCCCCCAACAAAACGCUCGGCCUUCCAGGGCCCGUGCUACUUGAAGAUGAUCGUGAAUAACGUGGCAGCAGGCGCGAUCAUUGGGAAGAACGGGGUCGCCAUUGCGGCCAUGGAGCAACAGACAGGCUGCGCCCUGAAGCUCUCUCCCCUCAACGCCUUUUAUCCUGGAACCCAGGACCGGGUCCUCGUUAUGAGUGGCGAGCAGGAACAGGUGAACAACGCACUCGUUCUGAUCCUCGGCAAAAUCAAGGAAACUGUGACAUCCCAGUUUGGCGCCGGGACACAGACUGGCACGCAGCCCGGCAGCAACGGCGCAGGCAACGGAUCAGCGGAGUGCGUCGGCAGAGACCCCUUCGGAAGCAACGACGCGUCCCAGCACAAGAUUACCUGCAGACUUGCGGUUCCCCGGUCUGCUGUGUCGACAAUCAUUGGCAAGGGAGGCCAGCAGAUUCGUGAGCUCCAGGACACAACCGGAGCUCGCGUGCAGGUGUCGUGUCGAGAGGAAGGUUUGGCUGAACGAAUGAUCACCAUCACGGGCUUGCUGGAGCAAGUCCGUGCCGCUGCUCUGGGUAUCGCGUCCUGCAUCCAGUCGGACCCGUACCUGCGAGACCACAUGCAUGUGGUCUACAAACCAGGCGCUCCGGGAGGCCCCGGGAACCCGGGCGUGCCCGGCGGCCUCGGGGCGCCCCUCGGAGGCGCAGGGUACUGCGUCGUUCCUAACGUGUACGGGAACGCCCCAUAUGGAGGGGGGGGCCAUCUGUACGGUCACGGUGCGGCUGGUCACGCCGCCGCCACGGACGCGCUGAGUCUGCAGUGCGAGAUUUCCCUUCAGGUUCCCGACCAGUCGAUCGGCGCCGUGAUUGGUCGCAACGGGGCGUGUGUGACGGAAGUUAUCAACGCGACUGGAGCCCGCAUUCAAAUCAGCCAAAAGGGGGACUUGGUUCCCGGUACAAAUGACCGGAAAAUCGUCCUUUCCGGCACUGUGGGCGCCGUACACAGCGCGCAUCUUUUGUUGCUCCAAAGAAUUCACGCCGUUCAAGACGGAGUUGGAGGCAAGCAUCCGGGCACCGGAGGUCCACUGUCUGUACAGGGCGGUGCAAGUGCUGCACCCGGCGCGAACGGCAUGGGAGGAGCGGGCGGUCACGCAUUGGAUUUGCACAAUGCGGUGCAGCCACAGCAGCCGCAUGGGCUGCAAGGAAACCUCCACUACAUUCACUCGGGAGGCUACGGGUAUUAA